AUGGAAAAUGGAACAUUUUACUUCAUGUUGUUUGAAGACCUUGGGUACAUAAGAUAUGCUUUCUUCAGUUUGGGAUUUAUUUUUUACUGUGUUGUUAUAUACUUCAAUGUCCUUAUUAUUCUUGCAGUAUUUCUGGAAAGGACACUGCACCAACCGAUGUACAUUCUGAUUUUGUGUUUGUCUAUCAACUCUGUGUAUGGUACAGCUGGCUUUUUCCCAAGGUUACUGGCAGAUCUGCUGUCUGAAACACACACAAUCUCCCGUGAAGCAUGUUUCUUGCAGGCUUUUGUCAUUUACACAUAUGCAUCAUAUGAGCUUACAAUAUUAAUGCUAAUGGCAUUUGAUAGGCUUGUUGCAAUCAGCAAACCUUUGCAAUACCAAAACAUUUUUACCCCCAGGUUUCUAACCAUUUUGAUCAUUUUAAACUGGAUGUUUCCAAUGAUUUCUAUUGGUAUUGCUGCUAUUUUAACUGCCAGACUGACAAUCUGUGGUAAAAAUUUGCUGAAGGUAUACUGCCACAACUAUGAAAUUGUCAAACUCUCUUGUGUGAACAACACUAUUAAUAAUAUGUAUGGCCUAAUUGUAACAAUCGCAACUGUUUUCCUCCCUUUGAGUUUCAUAAUAUAUUCCUAUAUUAAAAUUCUUAUCAUUUGUCAAAGAAGCUCACGAGAGAUCAAGAGCAAAGCUUAUCAAACUUGUAUUCCACACAUAGUGAUCCUUUUAAAUUUCUCACUUGCCCUGUUUUGUGAGCUCACUUUGAGUCGAUUUGUGAAUGGGGAGCUUCCUUUAAGCUUGACUGUUGUUCUUUCACUCGAGUUUCUUAUUGUACCACCAUUUGUAAACCCUCUUGUUUAUGGUUUAAACUUUCCUGAUAUUCGCAAAAAAAUUCUACGUCUUAUAAAAACCUCCAGAUAG